AGAAAAAAAAGAUAGUACAAAAAAAUGUGAGCCCUUGAAAAUCUGAUCAAACAAAAAAAAAUAACAAAACACGUAGAGGAGCGAGCACAAUCAUCAUCCAUCCCGAAAGAAAGAAAAAGAAAAAAAAAAAGAAUGGAUCUAGAAUCGGUAAAACGUUAUCUAGAAGGUGAUGGAGAAGAAGAGAAGAAGACAAAAGUGGCGAAUUUGCCACACAGAUUCCUGGAGAGAUUCGUAACGAAUGGUCUCAAAGUAGAUCUCAUCGAGCCUGGCCGACUCAUUUGCUCCAUGAAAGUCCCCCCUCAUCUCCUCAACGCAGGGAGUUUCUUACACGGGGGAGCAACGGCGACUCUGGUGGAUUUGAUUGGAUCUGCUGUCAUUUAUACAGCCGCCGGAGUUACUCAUUCCGGUGUUUCUGUCGAGAUCAAUGUCUCUUACCUUGAUGCUGC